GGAAGAGGAGGAAACAUGAGCUCCAGGAAAGUGAUGGCCAUCCAGGCCAGAAAAAGGAGGCCGAAGGGGAAGAAAGACAGAACCGGUCACCAUCGGAGGCCUGAGACCCAGCAGAAAGCCCCGGUGACUGCCCCUCCUCCCCCACCUCCUCCACCUCCCCCUCCACCUCCCCCUGAGCCAGCAGGGCCCCCGGAGCCGGAGGAGGAGAUCCUGGGCUCCGAUGAUGAGGAGCAGGAGGACCCCGCAGACUACUGCAAAGGAGGGUACCAUCCGGUGAAGAUCGGGGAUUUGUUCAACGGGAGGUACCAUGUGAUCAGGAAAUUGGGGUGGGGCCACUUUUCCACCGUAUGGCUAUGCUGGGAUAUACAAGUGAAGAACUUUGUGGCGAUGAAGGUGGUGAAGAGCGCCCAGCAUUACACGGAGACGGCCCUGGAUGAGAUCAAACUGCUGCGAUGUGUGAGGGAGAGCGACCCCGCAGACCCCAACAAGGACAUGGUGGUGCAGCUGAUAGAUGACUUCAAAAUCUCUGGAGUCAACGGCAUACAUGUGUGUAUGGUGUUUGAGGUGCUAGGUCACCACCUGCUGAAGUGGAUUAUUAAAUCCAACUACCAAGGUCUGCCUCUGCCAUGUGUCAAGAGUAUUAUUAAACAGGUCCUGCAGGGUCUGGACUACCUCCACACGAAAUGUAAAAUCAUCCACACGGACAUCAAGCCGGAGAACAUCCUGAUGUGUGUGGAUGAUGCUUUUGUUAGGCGUAUGGCCAUGGAGGCGACAGAAUGGCAGAAAGCUGGAGCCCCCCCACCCUCCGGAUCAGCAGUUAGCACAGCCCCGCAGCUCAAACCGGUGGGAAAGAUCUCCAAGAACAAGAAGAAGAAGCUGAAGAAGAAGCAGAAGCGACAGGCGGAGCUGCUGGAGAGGCGGAUGCUGGAGAUCGAAGCGCUGGAGAGAGAGGCCGAGAAGAAGGAGGAGAGAUCCAAAGACGGGGAAGAGAGAGGGGAGCACGAACACACCCCGCGUCCCCCGCAACCGCAGCUGGGCCCCAGUAUGGCUCUGGGGGAGAGCGAUGACGACGAUGAUGAUGAGGAGGAUGGGGAAGAUGAGGAGGAGGAGGAGGGAGGAGAGAGGGAGAGAGAGAGGGAGAGGGACAGGCCAAUGAGAUUGACCAAUCAUACAUGUGCGGCGCCUCCCCAGGAGCAGAACGAGGAACUCCACAUCAAUGAAGACGACCCGGAUGAGGAGGUGGAGGAGGAGGAAGAAGAAGAAGAAGAAGAAGAAGAAGAGGAGUCCACGCCUGUCGCUGAAAAAGAUGCUGCCACUUCCCCCACAGCGAAGGAGGGGAAUGGAAAUUCAACACAAGCAGAGGUAGAGGAGGAUGGGGAGGGGGAGGAGGAGGGCGGGGAGGAGGAAGAGGAGGAUGCGGGGGAGGAGGAGGAGGAAGAGGAAGAGGAGGUGUCAAAAGGAGCUGAGGAGGAAAAUGAGGAAGAGGAGUUAGAGGAGAAGGUACAGGAAGAGGAGGAGGAGGAAGAAGAGGAGGAGGAGAAAGAGACUGAAAGGGAGGAAAACAAAACAGAGGAGCCAAAGACGGAGAGCAAAACCCAGGAUAAUGAGGCAGCGGUAGAGGAAGAAGAGUCAAAGGAGCUGGAGGGGGAGGAGGGGGAAGAUGAGGAGGACGAGGAUGACGAUGACGAUGACGAUGAGGAAUACGAGGACGACGACACGACCACGGAACUCCUCACGGAAUCCACCUCCCCCAUUAAACCCCAGAACAACAAGAGCAAUUCGGCCAAAACCAACGGGCACGUUUCGUUGGGAUCCGAGGGACUGAAACCGAACCCUGACAAUCCUCCGCGUCCCUCCUCCACCGCCGAGACUCUCUUCUGCCCCCUAGUGGAGUCCGAGCUCAGCUACACCGACAGGGACCACUCUCUCAGCUCCGGGUACGAGCUGUACAACGGCGACCUGGGCGAACCGGGUCUGACCAACGGUGGCAGUAACCGCCCUCUGCCCGUCAUGCCUCUCUUCCCCGAACUACCCCUGGAUCCUUUGCCGGGAAACCCCAUUUCUGUCGGGAUGGUGGACAUCGGAGCAGGCCCGUCACCCAACAGCCCCACCGCUGAUCGCAGUCGCACUGUGUCGUCGUCCAGCACGGGAGACACUCCCAAGGUUAAAGCCCGAGCUGCGGAUCUCCUGAUCAACCCUCUAGACCCGCGCAACUCUGAGUCUAUUCGAGUCAAAAUCGCUGAUCUUGGAAACGCCUGCUGGGUGCACAAGCACUUUACGGAGGACAUCCAGACGAGACAGUACCGCUCCAUUGAGGUCCUGAUAGGAGCGGGUUACAGCACGCCUGCAGACAUCUGGAGCACUGCCUGCAUGACUUUUGAGCUGGCUACUGGAGAUUACUUAUUUGAGCCCCACUCUGGAGAGGACUACUCCCGUGAUGAGGACCACAUCGCUCUGAUCAUGGAGCUCCUUGGGAAGGUACCACGCAAAGUGUUCGCUGCCGGGAAGUUCAGCCGAGAGUUUUUCUCCAAGAAAGGCGAGCUGCGACACAUCACCAAGCUGAAGCCGUGGUCCCUGUUUGACGUGCUGGUGGAGAAGUACGGCUGGGCGCACGAAGAUGCCGGCCACUUCACCCAGUUCCUGCUGCCCAUGCUGGAGAUGGUUCCCGAGAAGAGGGCCUCGGCCGGCGAAUGCCUCAACCACCCCUGGCUCAACUCGUAGCCACAAUCUCUGAUCAGAUGCCCUCCUCCCUUUCGUCCCCCAACUGUUAGCCCAAACAUCACCCCCUGGUGGCAGCCGGUGGAACAACAGCAUGGAGAGAAGCUAAAGAUAGAGUUGGAGUAGAUGAUUAAGACUUAUUCUUUCCUGCCCUAUCCCACACAGCCAUUUCUUGCUUAUCUGAGUAGGCUUAAAUUCCACACACAAAGCCCCUCAUCUAUUCCUAAAAGGAAUUCAAAGACAAGCUUAUGGAGAUAAUUUGACAUAGUAGCUGUGUCUUCCAAAACAUCUCCCAAAAAGAUCAUUUAAAGAUAGAUGCUGCUCACAUAAAAGGGAGAGAGGUCUGGGAAGAGAAGUGCUUUGUUCUGCCGUGAAGAUAUGAGCCAGUCCCUUCCAUCUAAUCUCCUAUGAAUUCUCAGUUUUAAAUUGUUUGGAUCCAGUCAUGGAUCACUGAGAGCUGCUGAUCUUUUCGAUGACGUGAAACAAAAGUCAACGAGAAGCUCCAUCUGCCAUGACCUUAAUGUAGCCUGGGCCUCAAAGGCAUUUGUGUUUCUGAGAGAGAAAAUGAGCGCUGUGCUUAAGACCUAACGUCAUAGACCCUUCUCUCUUUACCGCCCUGUUGUCCUUCCUUGCGCUCCCUCACCCUGCUAUGGAAGGACGCACCCACAUCCACAUCAGACUUAAAGUUUACACCCUGAUUUCUUCCAUAAAUCCAAUCCCAACAAGCUCCUCCUAACUGUUUGGGGUCCCUCCUAUCCCCCUUGUAAAUGAGCGUUGUGCUCCUGCCGGAGGCCACCUCAGAGAACUGGAGGGCAGCCAGUCCUCCAGGGGGUGCCACACUGACAGUUGCCACUCAGAGAAAGACUGACAGAAAAAAGUGCGGGACGAGCAUUAAACAAAAUUACAAUCAAUUCAACACGGAGGAGGACUGCUUGGUCUUAAAAGACUAUUUUUAAAAUGCAUGGAGAGAGUGGUGGAUCAGCAUGAACGGAUAUGACAAACGGACGAUGGAUGCGAUGUUUUAUUUGUGCUGCUUUCUUUCCUCUCUUGGACAUUCUGUUAUAAAGACUUAUGUUAGGAUAUUUUGGUGCCCCCUCAUCCCUAUAUCUUGGUCCUCUGCCAUCAUUCCUGAAUUCUAUUCCCAAGAAUAAUUCUGUUGAUUCUGUCGUGGCACGUUUACCUAAUCUAGCCAAUUGGUACUAUUCCCCCUUUUUUCCCUAUAGAGGAACCCUUUGAUCCCUUAACUAUUCCAGAAAGGGGAUUGUCACUUGGAGGUUGCACUUUUCUUUGUAGAUGUCCUUCAGGGAUUUGAAACCUUUGUACAUAGAACUGAGAUCUGGCAACGCAGACAAGCGACCGUGGACAAAGUUUCAACACACAAGCAUCAUUCCAAAAACAGAGGCUGUCGUUGGCAUAUUUGAACUUCCUGUGACACAGUGCUCCUGCCCUGGAGGGAUGUUCAGACUGAACUGUGCCACCUGGUGGCUGAUAGAGAGUACUGCAUUGCCACACACUGCUGCUACUCUGUGCCAACGCUCCGAGACGUUCCACUAUAUCUCUCCACUUAAUCUCUAUUUCUCUGUUACACACACACACAUCAUCACAAUUAGUCCAGUUGCCUAUUUUUCGCAAUAAAUGAAAAAAGAUGAGUAUAAGUAAAUGGUGAGAUAUUUUUAAAAACUAUUUAAUUCAUUAAAAAAAAGAGGAAAAAAAAUAAAACAACUUUUCUCUGGUUGUUGUGACCGUGACAUAAUCUCGUCUUAUAAUGAGGUGAUUGUGUUUGUCUUAUAGAGAUGUUUUGAUUUUUCUUUUGUCAUCGUUAUUAUUAAUUAUUAUUGAAAGAUUUUUUUACACAGUUGUCACCUCUCCCCUCCCUCCUUACUUGAACAGUGCUGCUCUAUCUGGGCUCUUGAUGGUGAUAAAAGAAAAAAAAGCAACAGUUUUGCAAUAAAGGGUAUGUGAUGAGUUUUUUUGCACCAAAAACCUCCUGAUUUCACUCUUUCAGCCAUGCUGACUGUUCUUCCUGAUGACAUUGACAGAAACGCGUCUCUUGUCUGUGUUUUUCAUUGACAGAUUUAAUAAAAUUGUAAAUUAAUGGA